AUGGUUGCUUUCUGUUCUCCUGAGUUCUCAUACUCAAACAUGGGAUGGCUCUUACAAGAGUUAGACCCUCCACAGUCCUUAAAUAUUAGCCAUAAGGAGAAGAACUAUGCAACAAAUUCAGAGUACUCUUUACCUCAAUACCAUCAAUUCUCUUCAGUGAAGCAACAGCAUGUUGAGAUUGAAACGCCACCACCAUCCCCUAAGCUUAUGGUGAAGAAGCUUAACCACAAUGCUAGCGAACGUGAUCGCCGUAAAAAGGUCAAUACCUUGAUUUCUUCACUUCGUUCACUUCUUCCAGGCGAUGAUCAAACGAAAAAGAUGAGCAUUCCGGUAACAAUUUCAAGAGUGUUAAAAUACAUACCGGAAUUACAAAAGCAAGUUGAAGGAUUAACUAAGAAAAAAGAAGAUCUUCUAUCAAGAAUUUCUCAGCAACAAUAUGCAGUCAACAAAGAAUCACAAAGAAAAAUAAUUCCUAAUUACAAUUCUUCUUUUGUAGUUUCAACAAGUAGGCUUAAUGAUAGUGAGCUUGUUGUUCAUAUCUCAUCUUAUGAUGCUUACAAGAUUCCAUUAUCUGAGAUCUUGAUGUGUUUGGAAAAUAAUGGACUUGUUCUACUAAAUUCUUCUUGUUCUAAAACCUUUGGAGGGAGGCUCUUCUAUAACUUGCAUUUUCAGGUGGAUGAAACUCAAAGAUUAGAGUGUGAUGAUCUUAUUCAGAAGCUUUUGUUAGUAUAUGAGAGGCAGCGAAGUAAUCAAGUAGUGUUGGGAGCUAAAGAUCAUAUGAUCAGGAGUGUUAUGAUAUAUUAG